AUGCAAGCAAAAAUAGGAGAUGCUCCGUGGAAUAUUGCAAUUGAAGUAAUACAUGAAGGCGGUGGAUUAUGUACAGGGACAAUUGUAUCAUCUCGUCAUGUACUGACCGCCCGUCAUUGUUUUGCAUUAUUCACUGAAAAUGGAUAUGUAUGGACUUCUGGAAAUGAAAAGAUUGAUGGAUGUCAGAAUGAAAAUGAAAAUGAUCUCGUUCUGAAUGGAAACUUCUCGAAUAUGUUCAAAGUAUACGCUGGAACUGAUUGUGGAUUCAGAAGAAACUGUCCUGGAUCGAAAUACACAUCAAUUGAAAUAUCCAAAGUACCAUUUCUUGAUUAUUUCAGUUUUGACACUUCUUUCCAGAUAAUUCUUCCAAAAGUUUGCGACGACAAACAGUUAGAAUUCGAUGAUUUUGCAAUUCUGGAACUGUCUGAAAACUUGAAUUUUUCGAAGAGAAUUCAAGCGAUUUGCGUGACUCACGACGACAAAUACACUUUUGAAAAUGAUGUUCAAAUGAAACUUUUUGGAUACGGAGUAGAUCCUGCUUCUGGAGAAAAUUCAGCAGGUCGAUUGAGAUCUGAAACUGUGAAAGCUGAAAAGUGUUUCAAAACUACUGAAAAAUCAUUUUGUACAAAAUCAUUGUCAAAAAACCAAUUAGCAUGCAUGGGUGAUAGUGGUGGCGGAGUGGUUAGAAUGAUUGACGAUCGGGUUACUGUAGUUGGAGUUAUUUAUCAAGGUGUGACUUGUGAGAUUGCAACAAUAAAUGAGAAGGAUUAUGUGUCAAGUGUAGCAUUUUAUUCGAAUGAUAUCUGUAAAUAUACUGGAAUUUGUUCGAAGUAA